AUGCAACAAACUGAAGAUUCCCGGCAAAAUUUCCGAGAUGAAUCUAAUGAAGAAACGCUUUCUCUUUCUGAUCUUGUGAUGAACAAUGAUUAUUCAAAUGAAUUCUGGAACGACAAUGAUUUCUCAAAACAAGCGGAAACCGGCGAUUUGUUUGAGUUCUUCAGUGAAGAUUUUCCUGCUUCAGCCUCGAUUUUUCCGGAGAACAACAACGAAAACGACAGAAUCAUUUUUUGUGGGAAAAUAAUUUCUUACAAAGAAAAUGAAAAUCAACCCAACGUUGGAAGCAAACCGAAGAGACGAAAAUACAAAUUCGAGCAAGAAAAUGAUGAGGAAAAGAAGGAUUUCAGCUGUAGAAAUGCCAAAAAGUGUUGUUUCUUUCCCUGGAAAAUUUCAUCGCCGCCUUCAUUAUUCAAGUCAAGAACAUUUACUUCAUCAAAAUCAAAGAAAGAACCACAGACGCAGCGUUUCAACAAGGCAUUUUCAAUGCCGGCUUCCGUUUCCAAGUUCCAUUUUCCGGACAGGAAAGUAUCGACGUUGGCAACUCCGGUUAAAUCAAAGUGGUAUUUGUUUGGAGUUGGAGUUGGAAGGUUCCCAAUGGAAAUUGAGCUCAAGGACAUGAAGAUGAGACAGAGCAGGAAAUAUAGGCCAAUGAAGUUUCCAGCACCGGACGACGGCGGUUUCGGUGGCGGCCCAUCGGGAAAUGUUAGAGGUGAAAAGGGAAGAAGAUCAGGCAAGGCCUGUCGGAGGUUGCUUAAUGUUCUAGGGUGUAAACAACCAUGUUAUGAUCAUUAA